GGUAAUGAGAGGAGUUUUGCAUCGUAGACAAUCUAGAUAUAUAUUGUUAUACAUAUACAGUAUGUAUAUAAUAAUUCAUACGCUAAUAAUGAUAUAUAAUUUAUUCUAUACGAAUAUAGUGUGUGGUUUCUGACGAAAUCCGCAAACAAAUACCAAUAAAUAGCAGUCAUGACACAAGUGCACAUCUUUCCGGAGAUGUCAUUCAGUGGUUUAGCAAAACGAAUGCUCGAACAAUCACCAGAAACAGUACUGAGAGAGUUGUCAAGGAGUGCCAAACAUGAUGUGUUAUCUACAGCAUUUGCUCGUUACUUGGACGAAAAAGACGAGAUGAGACAGCUGAAGAAAGAAUUUGUUUUUCCAACCUACGUUUCAGAAGGUAAAGAGAAGAAAUACAUAUGCUUAUCUGGAAAUAUUCUGGGUCUGCAACCAAAAUCAGCAAAGCCAUUAGUCACAGCGGUUUUAAAUUCUUGGGCAAACAAAGGGGUGGAAUGUCAUUUCGUGGAUCCACUUCCAGCAGCAUCUUGUGAAAAAUACGUUUCACAACAACUUGGAAAACUUGUAGGUGCAAAAUCUGAAGAAGUUGUAGCAAUGAACACAGUCGAUGUGGAUCUACAUCUAAUGUUGGUUUCAUUUUAUCAACCAACCACAAAAAGACACAAGAUAUUGUUUGAUAGCGAAUCAGACUAUGUAAAUAUAGCUAAAUCUCAGAUAGUAUCUCAUGGAUUUAAAGUAUCUGAAAGCUUGGUAUCGGCUCCAUAUCAGGACACGUCGUUUUGUUUAGAUAUGGAUGAUUUAAUAGAUUUUAUUGAACAAAAUGGAGAGUCAAUAGCAACAAUCUUAUUGCCUGCUAUACUUCGGAAAUCUGGCCAAUUUCUGGAUAUUGAAAGAAUAACAAGGACUGGUCAUAAAAAAGGAUGCAUGGUUGGACUGGUGCUGAAUGAUGCUGUUGGAAAUGUAGAUCUUAAAUUAAACGAAUGGGGAGUUGAUUUUGCAUGCUGGGAUACAGGAAGAUAUAUCAAUGCUGGAUCAUCAUCAAUGGGAUGCACAUUCCUCCACGAAAAACAUUCAAAAAAUCAUUUUCCUAAAUUCACAGGUUGGUGGAGUCAUCGAAUGUCUACAAGAUUUGAAAUGACCAAUGAACUUGAUAGAACACCGGGCGUGAAUGGAUAUAAAUUAUCCAACUUACCUCCAACAAAAAUUGCUCAGAUCAAAGCGGGUUUAGAUAUAUUUGGUAAAAUUUCAAUCGAAAAAAUCCGAGAGAAGUCAAUUCUGUUGAAUGGGUAUCUGGAGACUUUAUUGCGACUGAAGUACAAAUGUACCGAGGGUUGUAUGGAUUCCGACCCAAUCCGGAUGAUUACACCAUCAAAUCCUUCAGAACGAGGAGCUCAACUCUCCUUCAAAGUUAAAGAGGAUGCCAAAGAUAUUUAUGAAAAAUUGAAGAAACGUGGAAUUAUCUGUUCAUUCUAUUCUCUUGAUGUAUUGACGGUGUGUCCAGCGCCUUUGUAUUGCGGUUUCCAAGAUGUUUUACUGUUUGUCAAUGCUUUAUCUGAAAUUUGUGAGCUUUGAGCAGAAGCUUUAAAAUAAAAGUUGUAAAUUGCA